AUGGAGUCUCCAGUGCGCGUCGGCGUCACCUCGGCGAAAAGCAGCAUCGGUUGUCUCCACUCGGCGCUCAGGGACACGCGGGGCCGGACCCACGAUCUAGACGACGAUUGGAUCUCAGGAAACCAGGUUCCGAACCUUGCUGUGCUUGCGGGGGCUUUUGGGUGGGAAGCCAUACAACACGGGAACUUGGUGGCGGUGUUUCGCGCCAGCCGUCUCGGGGGGCGCAAUGUGGGAAAUGCGGGAUUUCCCGGUCUCACACAUGCCGAGGGCGUCAUUCGCUGGCAGUUAAGCUUGGUGGGCGGUGGCUUGGCCAAGCGCAUCUAG